CGCAAUUUAUUAUUGCAUGCACAAGAAAACUUAAAUACUUUAUCUCGUUAGUCUCAUCCACCAAAAUUUGCUAUAAUUUCUAGAACCAAUUUUUUCUUUUCCCUGUGGCAGCUGCACCCACAACGCAUUUAAUUGUUGCAUGAACACGACAUGUUUGAUUCUUUGCCAACGAAGGAAGAAGAACAAGAAGUUGAAAACGAUGUACCAAAAAAACUAAAUGCAUUGUCAUGUGAAGAAUGCAAAUCUAAGCCAUCAAAAUACAAGUGCCCUGGAUGCUCCUUUCACUCAUGCAGUCUUCCUUGUGUUAAACUUCACAAAGCUCGCACUGGUUGUAAUGGCAAGAGGAACAUCACUCACUUUGUUCCUCUUUCUCACUUUGAUGACAAUAUCCUAUUAUCUGAUUAUAAUAUGCUGGAGGAGGUGAAGAGGGUGGUUGAAUCUGCUCAUAGAAUGAGAACUCAAUUGGGUUUGCAUAAAAAGUUUAAGUUGCCUCAUCACCUUAGAAGCCUACAAAGUGCUGCUUGGAGCAGAAGAACGAAACUUCUUUUUCUCCCCAGUGGAAUGUCAAGAAGACAGAAUAACCAAUCUCAAUAUGACAAAAGGAAGAAGUAUAUAUAUUGGACAAUUGAAUGGCGUUUUCACUCAACCAAUAUUAUUCUACAUGAUCACGAAGUCAAUGAAAAUGCAAGCUUCUGCUCCAUUUUAGAGAAACACCUCAAACCUGGUCCAUGGAACCAUCAGCUAAGGCAAUUUUGUGAGCAACAGCUGGAUUCUCUCAAGCUUUUUAUCCGGCCAAAGGGUCCUAAGUCACCCUUGAAGGAGUUGGAUAUGAAAGCACCAAUUGGACAACAGUUUGCAGAUAUAAUUAUUUUGGAAUAUCCUAUUGUUUAUGUUUUCUCACCAUAUCAAGUAUCCAAUUUUGAAGUUAAUAAGAAUGUCAAUCACAACAAUGAAAGUAAUCAAAGUCAAGAAGAUGUGCCUUUUAGGGAGGAGGUGGUAGAAUAUCAGAACAACAACACUGCAUAUGAAAAAGCAUCAAAUGAAUCAUCAGAUAAGCCUAUACUUGAAGAAGAAACUUUGACUAAACAUUCACAUCCGGAAAACAAGGAAGCAAAACUCUCUAAAGACAUAGCAUUUGACAGUGAUCAAGACUUGAUGGAUUUCUAUGAUGCUCUUAUGGCUCAAAUGAAUCCUGAUGACCUGCUUGGUUUGGAUAAAUUUGCCAAGAAUACUGCAAAUUAUACAGAUUUAAUUGGUAGCUGUGGACUAUUUCCUGAAUUAGAGGAAGGUGAACUUGCAUAAUAAUUAGCAGUCUUAGUUCACUUCCAUUGGAGAAUUGGUGAGAAACCAUUGUCAACAUCAAUCACAUGAAAUUUUGCAAGUGAGCUAAAGGUAAAUAUUUUCUGUGAAAAGAAAAGUUUUCAAUGUAUGCAAUUAGAAUUUUUUUAAAAUUUUAUUUUUUUAUUUUUUUCUUUAUAAAAAAUUAUCACUUACAAUCAUAACAAAUACCUUGAAACAAA